AUGACCGACCCCGACCAGGCGACCUCGACCUCGUCGAUCCCGAGCAGUGUCGCGUCCGCGACGGCGAGCCCGUCCCAGGCCGCGCUGCCGACCAACCUCCCCGUCCGUAUAUACCCCUCGUCGCAGGCGGAGCCUACGCAGAUUGGUACCGAAUACUCGCUAGUCAGCCUGUUGUUCAAGUCGACGCUGAACUGGGUGACCGUCGCGAACAACACCGAGUCGUCGGCGCAGAUCUUCCAGUAUCUGCCGGUGGUCCUAGAGUAUGCACUCAACCUGACGUCGGCGCAGAUUCAGCAGUACGCCCUGCAGCCGUACGAGCCGUCCACUUACACCGGCCCGGAGGAUGAGGAUCUGCUCUUGACUGUCUGGCUGGGGUAUAUCCCAUCGACCCAAGUCAGCAACCUCGCGGAGCAGAUCAAGGUGUCCACGUCGCAGUUCUACAAUGCGCUCGUCGCGCCAUACAGCACCCUCGCGGAGCAGGUAGACCCCUCGUUCGCCGUCGACUCCGUCUCCAUCUCUGGGGACAAUGGUAGCGGCGGCGGCGGUGGCGGCACCGGUUCGUCCAGUAGCAACGCCGCCACCUCCAGCGGCUCGUCGUCGUCGAACACCCGCAAGGACGCAAUUAUCGGCGUCGUCACCUCGCUCGGCGCAGUCACCCUCAUCGCACUCGCGUUCCUGUCCAUCCGCGCGAUCAAAAAGCGCAGGGAGCUCGCGCACCAGCGCUUGAAUGAGCCCGCGGAUAUGUACGAAGGCGCGCGCCCUGAUGGCCAAGAGUUCGAUCGGGACAGCGUCGGUGGCCAGCGCAGGCGCAGCUUCUACUACGCCGCGGACUCGCUGCGCGGGUUCUCCGAGGUAGCCAACACCGCUGCGACGUUUGACCAGGGCGCGUCGCCCGACAGCGGCAUGCGCGAGCGCAGGGGCGUCAUGGCCGGCGCGAUCUCGACGCCGAUUCUGCGGGAGAACACGAUGAACUGGUGA